AUGAAGUUCAACAAACAAAAAUCUUCAUCGCGGAGGAAAAUAAGGAAAGCUCAUUUUUCCGCCCCUGCAGGACUUAGAAGGAAAAUUAUGUCCUCUAAGUUGUCGAAAGAAUUAAGAUUAAAAUAUAAGACUCGUUCACUGCCAAUCAGAAAAGACGACGAAGUCCUCAUUUGUAGAGGUCACAAUCAUGGAAGGGAGGGGAAAGUUGUAAAAAUAAACAGAAAGAGAUUUAAAAUAUACGUGGAAAGAGUAACAAGGGAAAAAGUAAAUGGUGAGUCGACAUUUAUAGGUAUUCACCCAAGCAAUGUUAUAUUGACGAAACUAAAAAUUGAUAAAAAUCGUAAGAAAAUUUUAGAUAGAAAAGCGGCAAAAGAGAAAGUCUAA